UUUUAACAAGCAGACGACAGUCAUUGUGACAAUUGUCUGUUUACAUCACAGAAGAUCAGUGUUUUAUAGUGAUUAUAGUUAUUUAAAUAAAUUUUACAGUGAGAAUUGAAAUAUUAAAAAUAAAUAAAUUGAAAAAGUUUAUGAAAAUGUAGUUUUCAAUGAAAAAUGAUAUGUCAUUUUAGAGGAAAUAUAACCGGUCUUUUUUUUUCCUUAUUGGAAGAAAAUUGUUUAUUUUAGUGAAAAAUAAUGCAAGAUUCUAUAGAGAUCUCGGAAAAUUCAUCGAUAAUGGUUACAGCUAUUGAUCCUGUGAGACACAGAUUUCCUUUUUGUGUGGUAUGGACCCCGAUUCCUCUUUUAACAUAUUUAUUUCCCUUUAUUGGACACAUGGGAAUAGCAACAUCAACAGGAAUAAUUGUUGAUUUUGCGGGUCCAUAUUGUGUCUCGGAAGAUUCCAUGGCAUUUGGAUGGCCAACGAAAUAUUGGCAAUUAAAUUAUGCAAAAGCAAAGGGAGGAGUACAAGGAUGGGAUUCAGCAAUUGCUGAAGGAGCACAAGUUUAUAGAGGAAGAAUGCACAACUUAUGCUGGGACAACUGUUAUUCUCAUGUUGCUUUGACAUUGAAAUUAAUGAAUUACAAUAACACGAGUCAUUGGAAUAUGAUAAAAAUUGGUUUUCUCAUGACUAUUUAUGGAAAAUACAUUAGUUUCCGUCAUUUUGUCCAAACAUGGGGACCUUUUACUCUCAUCAUCUCUAUAAUUCUCCUGAUCUACUUUUUGACAUAAAAAUUAAUUAUUGACAAUUUUUUUAUUCUUAAUAUUAAUUAUAAUUGAAAUAAUUAAUUAUGAUAAUUAAUUAUUUUGAAAAAUAGUCAAUUUUUAAUAGAAGCGAAGAGAAAAAUCAAAGAACAAUUUUUCACUAUCACUUAGGAACUAUACAAUAAUUUGUUAAUUUGAGGUAAAUUUUUGAUAGUACCUAUAAAUAUUUGUAUAUUUGCGAGUGUUUCUUUUAUGUAAAUAUUUUAAUACAUACAAUUUAUUUAUAAAAACACUGUGUUAAAUUCUUUAAUAAUUUUUUUUUUUUUAAAGAACUAAUUCUGUUUAAUUAGUUUUAUUAAAUGGAAUCAAAUUUUUUAUAGUAAAAUAUUUUAUGUCUAUUUAAGGAUGAGGAUUUCAAUAAAAAAAACGGAAGUACAAGCUUUUAUACUAUAAUAAAAUAUGGCGAAUUCUAAUAAUUACAUUCAAUGAAAUUCUCUCCUAAGACAACAUAAGAAUAUUCCGCGUUAUACAAAAGUAUUUUCUAUUUAAUAACUAGUUGACAUUUGUUUGUUCAUUAAAAUAUUCAAAUAUAAAAUAUUUAUGUAUAUACAGAUAACAGAAUUACAAAUUAAAAUUGACUAAUUAACUUAAAAAUUAUUUUUUUCUUUCGAAAGAAAAAAAAACUAUCGUGACUAAAAUUAUUUUUUUAAAUUAAUAAUUAUAGUUAAUUUAUAAUUAUUAAUUAAAUGAAUAUAUUUUUGCCAUGAUAAUUUAACAUGUCUUAUUUUAUGGUGAAUGUAAAAAUAUUUUUCACCUCUUAAUUUUAAAUAAGUAGAUUUUUUAAAUUAAACUAAGAAAAACCAGUCAAAAGUUGUUAUUGUUAUAGUUACAAAAAAAAAAAAAAAAAAAUAA